AUGGGCCUCCCCGCAAACCGAAACCCACCCCCACCACCUCCCGCAAACACCGACCCCAUCGCCCAGCCCAGCCAGUCAACAACCACCGCACAACCCCCCAGCACCCCCAGCGAACUCCCCCCUGCAGCGCUAGACCUAGCAGCCAAGAUAUUCGACCUCGCCCGCACCGGCGCCACCGACUCCCUCUCCUCCUACCUGGCCGCCGGCAUCCCCCCAAACCUCACAAACCACGCCGGCGACACUCUGCUCAUGCUGGCCGCCUACCAUGACCACGCCUCCACAGUGCGCCUCCUCGUCUCGCGCGGCGCGGACGUCAAUGCGCUGAACGGACGGGGCCAGAGUCCGCUUGCGGGUGCGGUGUUCAAGGGGUAUGAGGAGGUUGUUCGCGCGCUGGUGGAAGCGGGGGCGGAUGCAGAAGCGGGGCAGCCCACGGCGGUGGAGGCGGGGUGGAUGUUUAGAAGGUGGACGUGUUUGAGGGCGAUGGGUGUGCAGGUGGACGAUGAGGGGAAUCCGGGGGAGGGGGUGCAGAGGCCGGCGUUGCCGGGGAUGUUGGAUGGGAUGGGGAGGCCAGUUGAGGGGGGUGGACAGAACGGAGGGGCGCAGAAUGGAGGUGCACAGAAUGGAGGUGUACAGAAUGGGGGCGCGGAGUGUCCUGUGGGGCAGGAUGCUGGGAAUGGACGACCGGCUGGUGGAUCUGUGUUGACGAGAGAUGAGGUAGCGAGGAUGGUGGGGUUGUAG